AUGCUCUAUCCAGCUGUGUGGCUGAAGGAGAACAUGCCAGUGGAGCUUUUGCAUUGCAUUCCACGAGCGUCCCAGAAGUCCGGCCGUUCCAUAGGCAUGGCUGUUCGGGACCAGGUGCUGUGGGACGAGCCAUUCCGGGGCAGCUGGUUCAGCGACGUUGUGAGGCAGCACCCAGACUACUGCGAGGAGUUCUGCAGAUCCUUCAAACUGGAGGACGAGAAGGACGAUCAUCUGAUAGGUUUCUAUGAGUUCAUCAAGAGUGUUAGGCCAGAUCUGGCUACACUGGGCAAGGGCAGGAGCAGACAGGGCAAGAGCAGGAGCAAGACUGCGAUGCCAGUGCGGGAGGCGCAGACACUUGUUUGA